CCGCCAACAAAAAUUGAACGAAAGGCGCCAUCAUGACACGAAUGGAGUCAGGUGCUGAUUGGGUAAUUUUUGAUAAUGUGAAGAUAUUUGGCAACUAUCACAGCUACAAAGAAGCACUGUACCAAGAAUCCAAAACCGCCAAUUAUUCCUCGGAAUCGGAGGUGGACCUUGGACCCCGGAAAAGAAAACCCAAUAGUAAAUAUAUUGACAACAGCCUGUCAUCUCCACCACCACUACCAACUGACCUAGAUAGUGAGAACGAAGCAACUGGCAGUCAACUACAUACUGCUCAUGAUAGUGAGUACUCUGAUGGCCCUUCAGAAGCAAGUACUGUCCAAAGCACUGCACAUGAGGAGGAGGCUACAGUGAUUGAGUAUACCGCAGUAGAGGACAUACCCAUUCUUUAUGACGUAACACCACCCACCACUACAGGCACCGAUAAGCAAAAAAUAAGUGAUUUUGAACACGCAUUGCUAACUGAAAUGCGUGAAAUAAAAGCAACGUUGGAUGUAAUGUCCAUUCGAUUACGGCAUAUUGAACGACGUUUAGAAGUAAACGUACAACUCGAUCGCAUCGAACCCAACCUCUUUACUGAUUUACCAUGUAAAUCUUUACAAGAAGUAACAGAUUUAGAGGCAAAACUGGAAGAUGAUAAGAUUUUCCAAAAACUGAUCACUAUCUUGAAGUAUGUAGGCGGUUCGAACGCAAAAUAUUGUGUGACAAAUUGUUUGAAAAAAAUAUUUUCAAAUAUAGUAGGACAAUUUUGCAGUUGGACAGGGCAGAAAGGAAACUUUAAGGUUGCGGAUUUGAAAUUAAUAAUGGCAAUUAGAGAAGCAGUAAGAGCCACUUUUGCCCUGACGGACGCGGAUUACCAAAGUUAUGUGCAAGUAUGGUUUCAACAUGCGAAAACAAGGCAUCUGCGCGAAACAAAAUAA